UUGAACCCAGGAGGUGGAGAUUGCAGUGAGCCAAGGUUGCCCCUGCAUUCCAGCCUGGGCAACAGAGUGAGACUUCGUCUCAAAAAAUAAAAUAAAAAUUAUUUUCUAUGAUUUACCAGAAACAUGUUUAACUAAAUUUUCUCUGUGUUCUUUAUGUUAUCCAUUUUGAAUAAAAGGUAAUACAGAGCCCUAGAUUCUUCCCUUAACCUCCAAAUUGAGUAAGUUCUCUCAACCAAUGUUUGUUAAGCACUAAUUCUACCUCUGCCCCUUCUUCAAAACUGCUAUAUUCCUGCAGCUUUAAUUUCCUUACAAUUUCUGGACUGUUAGUCUCUCUUAAUCACUCGUCCCUUCUCCAGAGCUCUUUGUAAUUCAAAUCCUUCUGUAACCCACAGAUCUGAUCGUAUCAUUCUCCUCUACAGAUUUCGUCAGUGGCUUUAUGUUGCUCAUAGGCCCUAGAAGCAAGCUUGGGGAUGAUUGGGGCAAGAAUUCUCUGAGUCCCAGGUACCAGCAAGUGGCUCUAGAAGGGGAGUUGCUGGUGUGUGCAGACUUCAGGUGGCCACAUGUCCUUGGCCUUGCUGACUACACAUUAAUGGAGGAGGGCUACAGCAAGGAUCCCCUAAAGUGGUGGUUUAGGUCUAGAUGCAGACCGUGCUACUGUGUGUUGAGAGUAGCCUGUUGGUGGCAGUAAGGACAGAAGUGGAGAGACCAUCUGGGAGCCUUACUGCAGUAAUCCAGUUUUCAGAUGCUUCAAGUGUUGUGAACAGAGACUUGUUUGGAUUAUGCGUUUCUCAGCUAGACUAAAUAAAUGCUAGCAAUGGAUAAGUGCAAACAUGUUGGGCAGCUGCGGCUUGCUCAAGACCAUUCCAGCUUCAACCCUCAGAAAUGGCACUGCGUGGACUGCAACACGACCGAGUCCAUUUGGGCUUGCCUUAGCUGCUCCCAUGUUGCCUGUGGAAGAUAUAUUGAAGAGCAUGCACUCAAGCACUUUCAAGAAAGCAGUCAUCCUGUUGCAUUGGAGGUGAAUGAGAUGUAUGUUUUUUGUUACCUUUGUGAUGAUUAUGUUCUGAAUGAUAAUGCAACUGGAGACCUGAAGUUACUACGGAGUACGUUAAGUGCAAUCAAAAGUCAAAAUUAUCACUGCACAACUCGCAGUGGGAUGGUUUUACGGUCCAUGGGUACAAGUGAUGAUUCUUAUUUCUUAUAUGACGGUGCCCAAUCUCUGCUUCAAAAUGAAGAUCAAAUGUAUACUGCUCUUUGGCACAGGAGAAGGAUAUUAAUGGGUAAAAUCUUUCGAACGUGGUUUGAACAAUCACCCGUUGGAAGAAAAAAGCAAGAAGAACAAUUUCAGGAAAAAUUAGUAGUAAAAAGAGAAGUAAAGCGAAGACGGCAAGAAUUAGAGUAUCAAGUUAAAGCAGAAUUGGAAAGUAUGCCUCCAAGAAAGAGUUUACGUUUACAAGGGCUCGCUCAGUCGACCAUAAUAGAAAUAGUUCCUGUUCAGGUGCCAGCACAAAUGCCAGCAUCAACAGCAAAAGAUAAAGUACUUUCUACCUCAGAAGAUGAAAGAUCUCAAAAAAUCAGUGACUCCUCAGUUAAACGAAGGCCAAUAGUAACUCCUGGUGUAACAGGAUUGAGAAAUUUGGGGAAUACUUGCUAUAUGAAUUCUGUUCUUCAGGUGUUGAGUCAUUUACUUAUUUUUCGACAAUGUUUUUUAAAGCUUGAUCUGAACCAAUGGCUGGCUGUGACUGCUAGUGAGAAGAAAAGAUCUUCCUGUAAGCAUCCACCAGUCACAGAUACAGUAGUAUAUCAAAUGAAUGAAUGUCAAGAAAAAGAUACAGGUUUUGUUCGCUCCAGACAAUCAAGUCUGUCAUCAGGACUAAGUGGUGGAGCAUCAAAAAGUAGAAAGAUGGAACUUAUUCAGCCAAGGGAGCCAACUUCACAGUACCUUUCUCUUUGUCAUGAAUUGCAUACUUUGUUCCAAGUCAUGUGGUCUGGAAAGUGGGCUUUGGUCUCACCAUUUGCUAUGCUACACUCAGUGUGGAGACUCAUUCCUGCCUUUCGUGGUUACGCCCAACAAGAUGCUCAGGAAUUUCUUUGUGAACUUUUAGGUAAAAUACAACAUGAAUUAGAGACAACCGGUACCAGUUUACCAGCUCUUAUCCCCACUUCUCAAAGGAAACUCAUCAAACAAGUUCUGAAUGUUGUAAAUAACAUUUUUCAUGGACAACUUCUUAGUCAGGUUACAUGUCUUGCAUGUGACAACAAAUCCAAUACCAUAGAACCUUUCUGGGACUUGUCAUUGGAGUUUCCAGAAAGAUAUCAAUGCACUGGAAAAGAUAUUGCGUCUCAGCCAUGUCUGGUUACUGAAAUGUUGGCCAAAUUUACAGAAACUGAAGCUUUAGAAGGAAAAAUCUACGUAUGUGACCAGUGUAACUCAAAGCAUAGAAGGUUUUCCUCCAAACCAGUUGUACUCACAGAAGCUCAGAAACAACUUACGAUAUGCCACCUACCUCAGGUUCUCAGACUGCACCUCAAACGAUUCAGGUGGUCAGGACGUAAUAACCGAGAGAAGAUUGGUGUUCAUGUUGGCUUUGAGGAAAUCUUAAACAUGGAGCCCUAUUGCUGCAGGGAGACCCUGAAAUCCCUCAGACCAGAAUGCUUUAUCUAUGACUUGUCUGCGGUGGUGAUGCACCAUGGGAAAGGAUUUGGCUCAGGGCACUACACUGCCUACUGCUAUAAUUCUGAAGGAGGGUUCUGGGUACACUGCAAUGAUUCCAAGCUAAGCAUGUGCACUAUGGAUGAAGUAUGCAAGGCUCAAGCUUAUAUCUUGUUUUAUACCCAACGAGUUUCUGAGAAUGGACAUUCUGAACUUUUGCCUCCAGAGCUCCUGUUGGGGAGCCAACAUCCCAUUGAAGACGCUGAUACCUCGUCUAAUGAAAUCCUUAGCUGAUCCAAAGACAAUGGGGUUUUCUUCCUGUGAUUUAUAUAUAUACUUUUAAAAAGACUGAUGUACCAUUUUAAACAUUUUUUCUUGUGAAUCAGUGUAUAUACUACAUUUAUGCAUUUUAUAUCUAACUACAAUUUUUUUUUUUACAAAGUAUAAAUGUGUGUAUCAACUGAAGGUAACUACUUUUUUCAAAUAUUUGGAGUUUUAAACUUUUGGUGUUUACCUCAGACUGAUGUUACCUCUUUUAUAUUUUUAUGUCUUAAUUGGCUCGGAUCAUGAAUUUGUGCAAUCUUCUAUCAACAAAGUUCAAGUGGCAUCAUUUUAUAUACAUGUGUUAUCUUUUUCAGGUAUUUUCUAUACAAAUUCUUUUUUUUUUUUUGAGACGGAGUCUCCCUCUGU